CAUAUCGGACUGAUCAUGGAUUCCAAUGCGCCCCCCGCAAAUGAGCCUCAACCCUCUAUCUUCCGCUGGAUCCUGGGCUUCCUCAUGGUCGGCGCAUGCUGGGGCCUCACCACGCCAUUCAUGCGACGAGCAGCCAUGAACUACACCCCCAUUCCCCGCCCCUCUCUCACCGACCCGAGCAAUUCCUGGCUCAAGAAGAAAGUGCUAGGCAUAUGGUACGCCGUGAGCGGCGUGCUCAGCCGACCCGCAUACGCCGUGCCACUACUUCUUAACGUGACGGGCAGCGUGUGGUUCUUCAUAUUGAUAGGGAAAGCGGAAUUGAGCUUAACUGUGCCGAUUACGAAUUCUUUGGCGUUUAUGUUCACGGUUUUGGGGGAGUGGUGGGCGGAGAAGAAGGUUAUUAGUCGAGAUACGUGGAUUGGCAUGGGGUUUGUACUUGGUGGUAUUGCGCUGUGCGUACAGAGCAAGUCAUAGGACUACGGAAUCACCAAUCACGUCCUAAUCGAUUCGACUCGGGAGCCUGCGCUUCGGCUUGAUACAACUUUGAGAAGCCCGUCGCAGGUGGCUGCAGCCAGUUCCUCUCAUCGUACCGCUGAUCGCCCUCGAUAACGUGGAACGUGUAUAUAUUCCUGCUCUUCCCACUGGUGUUCUUCUCGCUCUUGUGCAGGAUAUUGCCGUGGAUCAAGACGAGCGUACCAGCCUUGACCUCGCCCAUGUCGUACUUCUCCUCCUGAUCCACCACCUCGUAGUCCUUUUCCGCGCCGUUGACGCCACUCUGCAGAUCCUUGGGGAAGCGCGCGCCGUCGUUGUCGAUGAAGCCGGUGCCCUUGCCGGUGCGGACGAAGCGCUUCUCGAUGGACGCGCGCUUGUGGCUUCCUGCUGCGAAACUCAAGCAGCCGUUCUCUGCCGUUGCGUCUUCCAGCGCGUACCACCAGCCAACGGCGCUGGGCGGGUCGGUAUACAGGAAUGUGCUAUCCUGAUGCGGCGGUACUGCACCGCCUAUCUCGGGCUGCUUGCAGAUGACCAUGGACUGGAGGACCCGUGGGUCGCG